UUCGCGAAAACAUGCCGUAACCGCGUGAGCAAUGCUGCUUGCUUCGAGUGCCCAUUGUGUUGUUAAAUUCGCAAUUUCUCGAAUCUAGGCGCUUGCUGUGAUACAUCACUCCGUUUACAGAUUAUUCUGUCCUCUCGUGUUCUUCUAGACCAGUGAUCAAAGCCGCUAUCCGCACCUCUCGAGGUGUUGUGCGUUGUGUUGUGCUCUCGAGGUGUUGUGCACUGAGGAAAAAGACGAACAGCCUGCCGUCUCCGAGGUGGUCAGAGGUGUCAGUUUUUAAACUCGAACUUCGCGUGCUCAAAAAUGGAGGACUACGACUGGAAACCGCCGUCUGAAGCGGAGCUAAAAGUCCUCGAAGCUCGGCGAGAACGAAUGGACAAGAUCAGCGGCAUCAUGGGCGAUUACCUUCUCAAGGGGUACAAGAUGCUAAGCGACGUUUGCGAUGUCUGCAGCACCAUACUAUUGGAGGACCGUCAGCGCAAGGCGUACUGCAUUGCAUGCUCAGAGGUGGACACAAUGGAGAACGUCAAAGACAACCCAGUUCUCUCGGACGUUGCAGCGCAGCGUCUCGUUGAGGAACGCCAAGCGAGCUCAGAGUUGAGCGCCCCUUCCCAGAGCACGCUCUCGGAAGAGAUGCACCACAACCACGCACCACCACUCAUUCCGCGCCGAGCCACAACAGUCAUCUCGAGCAACGCCUCCGUGCCCAUGGCCCCCGCCACCGUCGAAAGCCUGUCACCGUGCAUCUUGGCGUCGCGAGACCCGGGGCUGUGUGGAAGCCAGCAGCAAAUGGUGGAGAACGCCUCGAUGGCUCCCGACUCGACGCAGCGAGACCACGAAGUCGUGGCGGCCAUGCAAGCCGUUCAGGGAAAGAUGGUCUGGGCGACGCGAGAACUGAAAAUGUGUUCCAGCGUCGAGCUGUCCAUCCAGAUGUGCAACCUCAUCAAGACGUGCGCGGAGGCCAUCACGGCCUUGACUGACAUGAGGUCUGCCAACGCAGGUCCGGACUGCGCUGCCAGGCAAGGCAGGUGUGAAUGAAAA